AUGGCAAUGGAGCAUGAGAGCACUCAUACAGGCGAGAAGCCCUAUGAAUGUCCUCUAUGUAGGAAAGCCUUUAGUAAUUACUCUAGCCUCAGCAGACACAAGAAGAUUCACACUGGAGAGAAGCCAUUCAAAUGUCAACUCUGUGGGAAAGUCUUCAAUCAAAGUUACUACUUGAAAGACCAUGAGAGAACUCAUACAGGAGAGAAGCCCUAUAAAUGUCCUCUAUGUGGAAAAGCCUUUAGUAGUUGUACUAGCCUCAGCAAACACAAGAGGAUUCACACUGGAAAUAAACCUUAUGAAUGUCAUCAGUGUGGGAAAGUCUUUAGUAGAUGUGCCAGCCUCAAGAGACACAGUAUGAUUCACACUGGAGAGAAACCAUUCAAAUGUCAACUGUGUGGGAAAGUCUUCAAUCGAAAUUCCUCCUUGAAAGAACAUGAGAGAACUCACACAGGAGAGAAGCCCUAUGAGUGUCAUCAGUGUGGAAAAGCGUUUCCUCAAAGAAGGGACCUUAAUUCACACAAUAAGAUUCACACUGGAGAGAAACCAUAUCUAUGUCUUCAGUGUGGGAAGUUCUUCCGUUAUAGUUCUGGGCUUUGUAUGCACAAGAAAAUCCACACAGGAGUGAAAGCACGUUUGCCUUGUGUGUAA